AUGUAUUCCGAGAAGCACGGCUCGGGCGGCACCGUCACGCCUCGAAUCGUUAUCCACGGCGGCGCAGGCAACAUUGUCCGGCAUGGCUUCCCGGUCAACAAGUACGAACAGUACAGAACGGCACUUCUCAGGAUUAUCACAAGCACGCAUGCGUACAUGAUGACCACCAUCAGUGACCCCAAGGACAAAAACGGCCCCCGCUCCACACCGGGCCCGCGCCGGCCCUCGGCGCUCGAGGUGGCCACGCACGCCGUGGUGCAGCUCGAAGACAACCCGUUGUUCAACAGCGGCCACGGCGCCGUCUUCACGCGCGACGGCACCAACGAGCUCGAAGCCUCCGUCAUGGUCUCCCGGGGCUUCAAGAAGCGCGGCGUCGGCGUCAUGGGCCUGCGACACGUGCGCAACCCCGUGCUGCUCGCGCGCGCCAUGCUCGAGCACGGCGAGCAGGACCUUGGCGGGGGCGGCAUCGGGCGGCACGAGUCACAGCCGCCGGCUCUUGUCGGCAGCAGCAGCCUGGACGCGCCGUCAGCGCAGGGCCACACGCAGCUCUACGGCGAGGCGGCUGAGCAGCUCGCGCGUGGGUACGGCUGCGCCAUGGUCGAGCCGAGCUACUUCUUCACGCGGCAGCGCUGGGACGAGCACGUGCGCGCACUGGAAAAGGAGCGCGAGGGGAGGGCGGCGAGCUGUACGUGGGCGGCGGACGAGUAUCUCCCGCAGGGCACGUGCGGCGCCGUCGCCAUGGACGAGCACGGCGUUGUGUGCGCGGCGACGAGCACCGGCGGCAUGACUAACAAGCUGACGGGCCGCGUCGGCGACACGCCCGUCCCCGGCGCGGGGUUCUGGGCCGAGGAGUGGACGGAGACGGGCGACCCCACAGGUACAACGACGACGACGACGACGGCAUGGGACAGGCUGGUGCGCUCCGCACGCGCACCGAUCGAGUUGACCGGCUCUCUGCGGAGCUUUCUCGCCGACUGCAUGCCGACACCGUUUCUGUACACACCCGUUCCUGUCGGCGGCGGCGGCGGCGGCGGCGGUGGCACGCUGACGACGACGCGAUGCCUGGCCGCAUCGGGCACCGGCAACGGCGACUCCUUCCUGCGCGUCAACGCCGUGCGCACCGUCGCGGCCAUGGCCCGGUGGAAGCCCGAGACGGGUGCAGCGGCGCUGCGCGCAGUCGUCGGGCCCGGGGGUGAGCUGCAGCGCAGCGCGGGCGACCGCUGGGGCGUCACGGGCGAAGGCGAGGGCGGCAUGAUUGGCAUCGAAGGCGUGGUGACGCGCGACGAGCGAGGCGUGGUGGUGGAGGCUCGCGGCGAGAUUCUCAUGAGUUACAACGCCGGCGGCAUGUAUCGUGCGUGGAUCGAUGAUGAGGGAAAGCCGGCGAUGAGUGUAUGGUCAAACACGACGUAUGAUGAGAUGCCCGAGGGCGACCAUUUUGAAUGA